AUGGACAAAAUAACAGAACACAGAAUUGAUGCAGCCUGUGAUGAUUUUGUUGCUGCAAUUGACCCUGUGAAAGCAUGUGAUUUGGCCUCAUCAUGCCAUCCAAACAAAGCCGCCUGUUCUAUCCUUGGAGAGUGGAAAAGGGGAAGUUACAAUGUUUGUAUCCCAGUUGUUUUCAAGAAUGAGGCCGAGAAGUGGAUGAUCAGGAUUCCAUUACUUCCCCGAUUGGCGUUUCCAGAGGAAAAGAUGCGGAGUGAAAUUGCGACCAUGAAGUACAUCACUGAAAAAACUACUAUCCCUAUUCCUCGCAUCCACCACUACUCAAUUACUAGUGACAACAUCCUAGGCCUUCCAUUCCUGAUUAUCGAGUAUAUAGAGGGGAACACAAUGCAUUCUAUAAAAUUCACUUCUUUAGAGCGGAAGAAACGGCGACGCCUCUAUGCUCAAAUAAGUGAUAUCUAUAUUCAGUUAUACCGGCAACAAUUUGAUAGAAUUGGGGCUCUCACUCUGACUGAAGAUGGAAACUGGAUAUUCGCCAGCAACCGUCCAUUAACCAUUGAUAUCAAUGAACAAGAGAUUAGUGGUCUGGAUUUUUGCCGCUUCCUGGCUCCUGAUCAGACCUUCCAGUCAACUAUCGAUUAUGUUUACAUGAUAGUAAGACUAAUGUUCAAUGACUUUUACCGCGGCCGUGAUUCUAUUCUAAAUGAGAGUGAUGCUCAACUAUACUUGUACAGUAUAUAUGCCUGCCAGGGAAUUCUGAUGGAGUGGGUUCAACCUGAAACCAAUAAUGGACCAUUUGUUUUAAUGCAUGGUGAUCUUCGUCCACCAAACAUUAUCAUUGAUGAUGAUUUGAACAUCAUCUCAGUUUUAGACUGGGAGUGGAGCCACACUGUUCCAGUUCAAAUGUUUGUUCCUCCAUCCUGGCUUACAAAUCAAGACGUUGUUCAAAUUUCAGACAAAAUCUCCUCAGUUGGGUAUCUUGAAGCUGUUUAUACCUUUACAUUUGAACUGGGCUGGCAGGAACAUGCUUUUCAUAAUCCCAAAAGACUUUUGAUACGUGAUCUUCCUCUGUCAAAAUAUUGGGAGCGCUUAUCCUUGAUUCAGGACUAUCUCCUUCCUUUGGGACUUCUAGCCCCCCACUGUUUCUCAAACAUCUACUGGAAAGUUUUAGAUAGUCACUACUAUGGCCAGAAUGGCAAUAAAGAGCGAGUACGGGCUUUCUUUGAGCUUGACAUUCGAAAGCCCAAUCUCCAGGCUGUGAGGAAUAAAGUGGAAGAGUACGAAAAGUACAAGAGGGAGCUACAAGAGUUAGGCAUAGAGCCGAGAACCAUCGUGCCAGCAACCACGGCCGAAGAAUUGUCCUGGCUGGCGAAGGCCUUUAAAGAAAGAGAGACUAAGAAUGCCGAAGUGAUGCGGGAUGUAUUUGACUCUCAACAGGAACCCCAAGCCCAGCACCCAGCGUGCACGGUUCUAGAUACUUCCACCACGAAGGAGCUUUUAACUGCAGGUACGUGGCUGAUUAUAGCCUUCAGUGCUGUAUCUGCGAUCCGCAUUAUCAGCGGCAGAUCCAUAAAAUAA